AUGCAGCUUCGUCAGCAGAACGUGGAAGAUCUUGAGCGAACCGAGCAGAAUUACAGAUACCGAACAGAGAACAGUAGUGAAAUGCCCGUUGACUAUAGUGCCCACAAUUUUUAUGAAUCACGCUCAGUUGUUGAUGCUGCUCUACGAGAUAAUAUCCGUGUUAGACGCCAUGGUGACACUACUGUAGUGACAGAAUAUCGUGAUCCGUAUUCGUUUUAUUGGCAGCUGGAUCAAGCAAGACCUCGUGAAGUAGAAACUCCAAAACGGCCACCUCAAACUGAUUACGUUAUUGAUGAGGAAAUCGUAGAUGAUGCGGUAUUAUCGCCUGACAGUCAUGAUAGUGGAAUAAAUGUGGAAGUUCAUUACAGCAGACCUAUGCGUUAUGACGAUACAUCAUCAAUGAAAGCACUUCCGACUGGUUGGGAAAGGCAUGAAGAUCCAUCCGGCUUUUCGUAUUAUUGGCAUGUCGAUAGUGGAACGAUACAGCGAGAAGUUCCGCGUGAAGGAAUACCAGUUGAAACAAAUGAUGCUCAUUCCGAAUUUCGUGAUCAGGAGACACAAGCUGGAGAACAUCCUGCACCACCCUCUGUUCAGCAAAUUAUUCACCUUCCAUCUCAGCAACCGGUUAUUGAAGAACAUGCUUUCAAGCAGACUACCACCAAACGAUGUAUUGAUAAUGAUUUUAGUGAUUUUGAUGACGACAAUAUGGACAGACCCGUUCGUUUUGCUGUUCGCUCCUUAGGAUGGACUGAAAUCCCAGAGGACGAUCUAACACACGAAAAAAGUUCAAGAGCUGUUAAUAGAGCAAUUGUGGACUUAAGCAGAAAUGAUAUAUUGGAUAAUAUUUCGAAAUGGGGAGACGGUCGAGAGCUGAUCAUGGAAUUAGAUGAUAAUGAUUUGAAGUUAAUCGAUCCGGAUACGAUGACUGUUGUGCAUUCCGAACGAAUGCAGCAUAUUCGUGUGUGGGGAGUUGGACGUGAUAACGGCCGAGACUUUGCAUAUGUUGCUCGAGAUCGAGUGUCACGUCGUUUCAUGUGUCACGUAUUUCGUUGCGACACGCCUGCUCGGAAUAUUGCAAAUACUUUGCGAGAUAUCUGCAAAAGGUUAAUGCUUCAGCAGCGACCGAAUACUCUUGGCUCUAUGGAUUAUGGUGAAAGAAGACUUAUUGCCAGAGACACAUAUUUGCCAACUCCCAUCGAAGAACCGAAGAAGAUUAUUCGAUGUCAUUUCUUGGGCGUCACACAGGUGCCGCGAGCUACAGGAAUUGAAGUUCUGAAUGAAGCUGUUGACCGUCUGGUGUCACAGGUUCGAUCAGAUAGGUGGAUAUUAGCAGACGUAUUAGUAGCUCCGUCAACAAUAACAAUAAAUGAAGUGAAUGGCAAUCAAAUUGCUCAGUGUAGAGUACGGUACUUAUCAUUCUUAGGAAUUGGACGUGAUAUCAAGCAUUGCGCUUUCAUUAUGCAUACUUUGUCAGAAAGCUUCAUGUGUUAUGUGUUUCGUGUAGAACCUUCCGCUGGUCCUAUGGCUAAAACUAUCGAAGCUGCAUGUAAAUUACGCUAUCAGAAAGUUCUCGAUGCUCAUGCGGGUGGACGGAUAUCAAAUGGGAAAGGCUGGAGUGAUUCAUUAUGGAAUGCGAUAGGUAGUGUUCGAGAUCGUUUCUCGAUGUCAUCUCGCUAA